CCUCCUUGUAGCUUGCUACAAGAAAUGGAAAGAAAUAUAUCAUGACAGCCGACCGCUAGUAAGCGAGGCGUACAAAGCUGACAUAUUGAGCAAAUUCAAAAUGGUAGUCGAGUUGCGAAAUUAAAACAGCAAUCUGCAUAUAACUUAAUAAAUAAUUAACUUGAUGGCAGACCCAAACACAUUGAAGACAUCUUUGUUAGACCUACCUCCUGAAAUACUGCUGCAAAUAUUUAGUUUAAUUGAUAUCAGAAGUGUGUAUAAAAAUGUCAUUAUUACAUGUAAACACUUCCAUGAAUUACUGACAGCAGAUGGGAUAUGGAAGAUUCUGUUUGCUCUUAAAUGGAAUGAACAUAAUAUUGCAGAUGAUUUAGACUAUGUAUGGGACUGGAGAGAGGUGUGUUUUAGCUAUGAGGAUAUAGACCAACACUGGAAAUGUGCAAAUGAACAGACGUUGAAGACUGCAAAGCUUGCCGGUCAUUAUGCUGUUGUGGAUGCAGUUCAUAUCAUGAAGUCUGGCACUAUUUGCAUAUCUGGGUCACGUGAUAGAACAGCCUUGGUUUGGAAUUUAUCAAAUUUCUUAGAUUCUACUAGUGAAGAGAGUUAUAUUCCAUCAGUGUCAGUUCUUAAUGGCCACAAGGGCUGGGUGUGGUCAAUUGACAGUGCAGAAAGUCAAGACAACAUAGUGGUCACAACAUCCUGGGAUAAGACGCUUAAAGUGUGGGACUUAUCAGCUGAUAAUUUACUUGUAGAUACAUUUGAGUACCAUCCAGCAGCUAUAUUAGGUUUGCGUUGCCAUGACAACGUAUAUACAACUUGUUGUUAUGACAAGACAAUACGAACAUUCGAUCCACGAUCGAGAGAUAUCGUUGUUAAAUCGUGUCAUCAUAAGCGGCCUGUCCUUUGUGUCGAAGUUACGGACAAAUAUAUAUUAUCCGGUAGUGAAGAUAAGACUAUCGGCAUUUACGAUGUCCGCGCGGGAAAGUUGUUAGCCUCGUUACGUGUAGACUCGCCAGUUUUAUGUAUGAACAUCGCACGUGAGCAAGGAUUCAAUUAUUUACGCGUCGGCGGUAAAAAUGGCGGAUUUUAUAUAUUUGAUAUGUCGAACGAUCAUUUUACCUUACUGAACUCAACUCAACUUUGGUCGAAUUAUAAAGUGACUCAGUUAUGUAAUUACAGUGGCAGCGUGGCUGCGUGCUCUCAAAAUGGAACUGUGCGCUUCUACACGCCGAGUAGAAACUGUACUUUACUUCAAACGUUCGGCUUUCAUACUGGAGACGUGUGUAGUGCGCAUUCUCGAAGGAAUUUACUUGCAACUGGUAGUAGUGAUAGCACGGUUCGGCUUUGGAAUGUAAUUACACCUUAAUUGUAUUCUUUUCUGUGCGUUUUUAAACUUAUAGAUUUUUUGUUGGCAACAAAAACUUUAUUGUAGCGCUGCUAUGGGCAAUACUUUAGUUUAUGAUAAAUUUAUUUAUAGCCUGAAGCUACGUAUAAAUAUAAUUUUUAUACUGUGGUUUAUAUAUGUAAGAUUUUUAAAAAUUAUUUAACAUCUAGAUACGCCUACUUUAAGAAGUUUUCUUUUUUAUGGUAUGAUGUUACAGUAAAGGUUUUAGACUUCUUAAAACGGGUUUCUGACCAAGUUGAAUGUAAUUGAUAUAAUGAAAAAAAACUGUAGCAGUUAACUAUGUAGUGAAGCAACUCCAUUUCUCAUUUUUAGCGUUACUUGGUAAGGCCGAAGUUUUGAUUCAAGCCUCAAAUUUGCCAAGCGUAAGGUUUCAAAUUAUCUCUAGCGUUUAUGUUUACCGUUCAUAUUUUUGUAAUUUAUUUUAAUUAUAUAACAUAAAAAAGAACUUUAUUUUCUCGAAAAA